AGGCUGAGGCAAACGUUUAAGAAGAGCCUUGCAAAAUACAGCGGCCUCUCCAAGUCGCCGAGCUGCUCCUGGGCCCCGGGCGCCGAGACCGCCGGACGAGCGCAGAGAGCGGAGCGCGGGAAAGCAGGCGCGGGCUCCGCCGCGGGGGAAAGGCGCGCUCGGACGGCGCAGAGGAGGAGAGCGUGGGAGAGGCGCAGGGCGCCGGCGCGCCGCAGGCCCGGCCGCCCACCCAGGGCCCCCCGUGUGCCCCCGAACCCCGCGCCGCGUGGAGCGGGUGACCCCACAGCCUCUUCCUGCUCCCUGCAGCACCGGACCGCGCGAGCGCCCAGCAGAGCCGUCGAGAUGGGUGAAUCAAAUGAUGACAUAGACCAAAUGUUCAGCACUUUGCUGGGAGAGAUGGAUCUUCUAACACAGAGUUUGGGAGUGGACACUCUUCCUCCUCCUGACCCUAAAACUCCCAGGGCUGAAUUUAACUACAGUGUGGGUUUUAAGGAUUUAAAUGAGUCCCUAAACGCACUGGAAGACCAAGAUUUAGAUGCUCUCAUGGCUGAUCUGAUAGCAGACAUAAGUGAAGCCGAACAGCAGACAGUCCAGACACAGAAAGAGUUUUCUCAAAAUCAAAAUUAUUCAGCAUCUCUGGAAGCUUCAAAUUUCAGGGGCACCGCCUCUGUGGGUUAUGGAGCAGAUGUCCCUGCAGUUAGCAUCAGCCAAUAUGAGGAUGAGUUACCACCUCCACCGCCCGAUCCCAUGUUAGACCUUCCGCCGUCUCCACCACCUCCCAAACCUCUCUCUAAGGAGGAAGAAGAGGCCCAAGCCAAGGCUGAUAAGAUUAAGCUAGCGCUGGAGAAACUGAAGGAGGCCAAGGUUAAGAAGCUUGUGGUCAAGGUUCACAUGAAUGACAACAGCUCCAAGUCAUUGAUGGUGGACGAACGACAGUUGGCCCGAGAUGUUCUGGACAAUCUUUUUGAAAAAACUCAUUGUGACUACAAUGUGGACUGGUGCCUUUAUGAAAUAUACCCAGAGCUACAGAUUGAAAGGAUUUUUGAAGAUCAUGAAAAUGUUGUUGAGGUCUUAUCAGACUGGACAAGAGACACAGAAAAUAAAGUACUUUUUUUGGAGAAAGAGGAAAAAUAUGCCAUAUUUAAAAACCCCCAGAAUUUUUACUUGGAUAACAAAGGAGCAAAAGAAGGCAAGAAAACCACUGAGAAAAUGAAUGCUAAGACGAAGGAAUCCUUACUUGAGGAAAGUUUCUGUGGAACUUCCAUCAUUGUACCAGAACUUGAAGGAGCUCUUUAUCUGAAAGAAGAUGGAAAGAAAACCUGGAAAAGGCGCUAUUUUCUUUUACGAGCUUCUGGAAUUUAUUAUGUACCGAAAGGAAAGACAAAGACGUCCCGAGAUCUGGCUUGUUUUAUACAGUUUGAAAAUGUCAACGUUUACUAUGGGAUUCAGUACAAAAUGAAAUACAAAGCCCCUACUGACUAUUGCUUAGUUUUAAAGCACCCCCAAAUUCAGAAGGAGUCACAGUACAUCAAGUACCUUUGCUGUGACGAUGCCACAACUCUCAACCAGUGGGUCAUGGGAAUAAGGAUCGCCAAGUACGGAAAGACCCUGUAUGAUAACUAUCAGCGGGCUGUGGCAAGAGCUGGACUUGCCUCUCGGUGGACAAACCUGAGUACUGCCAAUACAGCUCCACCAGGUUCUCCUUCCACAGGACUGAAGACAGGCAGCACCCAGUCCAAUGGUCAGAUUCCCCAGGCUGCACCUCAAGCCAGCACUGUUUUCCAAGAGGCCCAGAGACAGGCUGAAGCAGCCAAGGACAAGCCAGCCCACCUUCCCCACGACCCGGGAGCGCCCCGGGCUCAGCAGCUGCGCAAGCCCGGCCCACCGACGCCGCCUGCGCACCGCUCCUCCGAGCCCGGCACGGACCCGCCCCCGCCGCCUAAGGCCACGCCCCCGAUGCCCAGGGCCACGCCCCCGCACUUUGACCUCUCGCCACCGCCCGAAGAUCUCCUGCUGCCCCCGCCCCCGCCCCCGCCCCCGCCCCCGCCGCCCGAGGACGAGGACGAGGUGCUGCCGCCGCCGCCGCCGCCGCCGCCGUCGGAGUUCUCGGACGCGCCCCCGGACUUCGUGCCGCCACCGCCACCGCCUCCCUUCGCUGCGCCCAGAGCGCCCCCUACCGGCGGCGUCAAGAGGCCGCCCGCGCUGCCUAGGAGAUCGGAGAACCCUGGCCCGGCCAGCGGGGAGCAGGACUUCAUGUCAGACCUCAUGAAGGCCCUGCAGAAGAAAAGGGGCCAACUGCCGUAGGACACAGCCCAGGACACGCUCGGAGCGCCAGGGUGAAAACGGUGCAAGCCAGCUCUCCGCCUGCGCCCCCACGUCCUGGCCGUUAACUCUGGGAAUGUAGACUGCCCGACCAAGUGUCCGUACCUCGGCCAUGUACUGUCGCCUGGAUGGGACUCACUGUCCCCCAGGUCAACUAAAAUGAUGUUUCAGCUCCUUUUUAUUAUGUCCGGAAGCCUCAAAUUAAUAAAAAUUGAAAAUUUUCUGAAGAUGGUACUUCUAGAGAUUUCUUUUGUACAAAUUGUGUUCAUUACGAAUACUAUAAUUUGACUUUCUGAAAAUAACUUUCAAAGUCUAACAUCUUAAGUCUUGUUGACCUUAGAUGUUUUCCAUCUCUCAUGUCCUUUUUGUUGUGUGUUUCCUUUGUUAAUUUGGUUUCUGAGACAGGGUCUUGCUAUAUAAUGUAGGCUGGCCUGGAAUUCACAGCGAUCCUCCUGCCUGAGCCUACCGAGUGCUGCAAUUACAGCACGGCUUUGCCUUGAUGUUCAAAUUUUCCACAAAAGUCAAAACAUGAAAAAGGAAAAGGCAGAAUAUAUAUAUUCAGUUUCUUUAAGAUCUGUGACUUGAUUAAUCGUUACCUGGCUCCAAAAGUUUGAUUUUGCUUUUAUAAUAGAUGAAUGUUAUAUAUGCUUUGAAAAAAGUUACUUAGCUUUUGAAUUUUCUAGUAUUACAAGUGCUAUAAAUAUCUUUUAAGUAAAAGUGUAUAUUGUCCUCCUAGAAUGUUUUCUAUCAGAGAUAAGUUUAAUGCCCAAUUUUAAUAGUCAGUGUGCCCUGGGUUCCUGUUAUUUGAAUCUGUGUUCUCUAAUUGAUUCUGAUAAGCCUUUUAAAUUUUCUUAAUUUCAUUUCUAUGGUUCUGUUUUUGUAUUUCAUUAUAAGACUCCUCAAACUCUUGAAGUAAACAUAAACUAAAUUUAAAAUAAUGUAUUUUUUUAAUUAAAGAUGAUGAUUUUGUGUUUUAACAUAUGGGAGAAAAAGUGAGCCCUAAACUGCUGAAUAACAAGAUAAAUUUAGCUUUAAAGACAAAAUAUUAAGUAACUAAACUUGGUAAGUUAAGCCUGCAGGGAGAGAAGGAAAUAGCUGGAAAG